AUGGCAAAAUCCACAUUUCAAAACAAACCCAGAACAUGUGUCUGUCUCGCCAAUACAUUUCUCUUUCUUAGUUUAGUACUUUUUCUUCUUCUACUCCUUUGGACCUUAUCGUCCUUCUAUAACCCCAUCCCUAUCAUUCACUCUUCUUUCACCAAACCCAAAAAUGAACCUAAACUUGAACCAGAUGGGGUUGUUGUUGGUUCACCAAAUUGCGCUGCACAUGAACCAUGCGACCCACUUGAGAAAUCAUUUUAUGACGACCCUGGAUUGAGCUACUCGAUUGAGAAACCAAUGAAGAAUUGGGACGAGAAGAGAACUGAUUGGCUGAAGCAACACCCAUCAUUUGCUACAGGAGCACGUGAUCGCAUCCUAGUUGUCACGGGAUCACAACCGUUGCCUUGUGAGAACCCAAUCGGUGAUCAUUUGUUGUUAAGGCUUUUCAAGAACAAGGUUGACUAUUGUCGAAUCCACGGCUACGAUAUUUUCUACAACAACGCUUACUUGCACCCCAAGAUGGACACUUAUUGGGCCAAAUUUCCGGUAGUCCGGGCCGCCAUGCUAGCCCACCCAGAGGUUGAAUGGAUUUGGUGGAUUGAUUCCGACGCGGUGUUCACUGAUAUGGAAUUUAAGGUUCCAUUAGACAGGUAUAAGGACCAUAAUCUGGUUGUUUAUGGCUGGCCCAAUUUGGUCUACGAGGACAAAGGAAAUAAGAGUGGUAAGAGCCUUAAUGCUGGAGUGUUCAUGAUUAGGAAUUGUCAAUGGUCCAUGGACUUGGUGAAUGAUUGGGCUGAAAUGGGCCCAAAUAGCCCAAACUACGAGAAAUGGGGCCAGAUCCAAUUAUCCACAUUUAAAGACAAGACAAACCCUCAUUCAGAUGACCAGUCGGCUUUGAUUUAUUUGCUAUUUAAGUAUAAAGACAAAUGGGGGAACAAGACUUACAUAGAGAGCGAGUACUACUUCCAAGGGUAUUGGGUAGAGAUAGUGAAAACAUAUGAGAAGAUCACCGAGGGGUACAAAGAGGUUGAGAUAUUGGGGCCCACUUUAAGGAGAAGACACGCGGAGAAACUGAGCGAGUAUUAUGCUAAGUUGAGGGAGCCAUAUCUGGAAGACGCUGGAUAUAAGCCCUUUGUCACGCAUUUCACUGGGUGUCACCAAUGUAACGGUAACAAUAAUCCUAUGUAUGUUGGGGACACGUGUUGGGUUGAAAUGCAAAGGGCUUUGAAUUUCGCGGACAAUCAGGUGCUUCGCAACUAUGGUUAUGUACACCCUGAUCUAAUGAAUUCUUCUUUUGUAUCUCCUCUACCAUUCGAUUAUCCGGCUUGA